CUCCCCUGUUCGACGCCGAAAGGUGGAGACAACCAAACCCAAUGCUCAAAAAUCGUCAAUCAGGAACAUAAUAAAGCCUACGAACCCGAAGAAAAGAAUCAAACUUUUUCAACCCACUUUCCAGUUCGGCAGUUUCACACGGCCACAGUCUCUCCUUCCCACCUUCUUCCCCAAUCGAUCCCUCUGCUUUCCUUCCCAUCUCCAUACCCACAAUCCAAAACAAGCACACACAGACGAAGGAGUGAGAAAAACAGAGCAACCACCCAAUUCAUCAUCAACCGCCAAAAAAAAAUGGGUUGUUUCAGACCCAAAAGAAGCACCAAACCCAAUUCCUCAUCAACUUCAUUCCCACCACAAAGCAGAAAUCUGAAGCACGAGAUCCUCCUCCAGAUCCCAUCUUGCACUCUGCAUCUCAUGGAAGCAGGGGAAGCCAUGGAGCUCGCCACCGGCGACUUCACUCUGUUCCGUAUCAUUGAGCAGAUGGGUGGAGAAGAAGAAGGAGAAGAAGAAGACGUUUCCUCCCUCGCCACCAUCGUCAGCAUCGCCGGCGGCGAAGUUCAGUGGCCUUUGACGAAAGACGAGCCUGUCGUGAAGCUGGAUGCAAUGCAUUACCUGUUCUCCCUCCCCAUGAAAGAUGGGGAUCCCCUGAGUUACGGCGUCACUUUUGCGGAGCGGGACGGGCAGAGAUUGCAGUCGCUGGAUGCUUUUCUCGGGGAGCAUUCGUGCUUCUCUGCUGAUUCCGGUGGGAAAGGCGGCGGCGGCGGCGGGAAGAGUGGCCUGAAGUGGACGGAAUUCGCGCCGAGGGUGGAGGAUUAUAACAGCGUUUUGGCGAGGGCGAUUGCUGGUGGAACAGGGCAGAUAGUCAGGGGAAUGUUCAGAGUCAGCAAUGCCUACACAAAUCAGGUUCACAAGGGAGGUGAAAUGAUACUAACAAGUGCAGCAGCAGAGGGUGGCAGAGAUGCAGGGAGAAACAGAAAUCACAGCGGCAGAAGUUCAUCCGGGGUUGCAAAGAAGACCAAAUUGAACAAAAGCUUGAAGCGGUAAUUUACUUAUCUUUCCCCACUUCCAUAUGCUGUUUGGUUUCUUGUUAGUACAGAUCGAGAAUUCGACAAUGUAAAAAAAAAGUAAAGAACACACGUCGCGUAGUGAUGUUAGCUACAUCCACAAGUACAAGAGACUAAUUUCAUUGUACUUGAGAAGAUACAUCGAGACUCCGUGAUUUUCAAUCAAUUUGUUCGAAUAAUAGCAACAGUUUGAUGCAUAAAAAGUAAGUCUACCCUCGUUCUAGCGCUAAAGUAAGGAAAGUCUUGACGGUUGUAGCAAGAUAGGUUGUCUUUGCUCUAUCCCUGAAUCACGUCCCGAAGGAAGGUGGCCGGAUUCACGGAUCAAACGGCAUCCCCCAAGCACAUGGGGAUAUGAAACGCGUGUCUAGUUCUCAUUGAAAAGGAAUCAACUCAAACAUUCUUUUUGUCUCCCGCCCUGACACAGUUUGACAGACGGUGACACCGUUUGACAUAGUUGUAUAAAUAAUAUAAAGAGAACAAGCACGCAGGGAAAAAGCAAGCGCGCGUCUGGUUAGAUCAAUCGAGAAACUAGUGCUAUUAUUUGGAAUGUAUUUGUCUUUGAUUGCUGCAGUGUGAGGAAGCUAUCGAGGAUGACAGAAAAACUGAGCAAAGCAAUGCUGGACGGAGUUGGGAUAGCCACUGGCUCAGUGAUGAAGCCACUGGUGAAAUCCAAGGCUGGGAAGCAGUUCCUGUCUAUGGUCCCUGGAGAAGUGCUCUUGGCCUCCCUUGAUGCUGUCAAUAAGAUUCUAGAUGCAGCGGAAGCGGCAGAGAAGCAGGCUCUGUCUGCAACCUCAGAGGCCGCAACAAGAAGGAUAAGUAACCGGUAUGGGGAAGAAGCAGGGGAGGCUGCAGGGGACGUGUUUGCAUCAGCAGGGCAUUGCGCCUGCGCUGCGUGGAACAUCUGCAAGAUUCGGAAGGCCAUCAAUCCUGCUUCCUCUGUUUCUGCUACUGGGAUGCUCAAGACUGCCGCCAAAGGUGCAAUUAGGAAGUCUUAGUUGAUGUUUAUAAGGAAAAGAGGAACAGUGCGACAUUCCAUUGUGAAGUGAACUCGUAUAUUGUUUCAUUUUCUUUCUCUUCACGUUAGGGUUUGUGUAACUUGUGGAGAGGUUUAUGCUUUGUGUCAAUCCAAAAAACUCGAAACUUUUUCCUCGCUUGUUGAAGUGUAAGCGUGAGGGAAGAGCAACAACAGUUGUAGGGUUCCUUGAUUCAUUUUUGUUGCUAAGCUAGUAGGGUAUACUAGAGGAAAUGGCUAUGAAUGCUCGAGGAGUUGGGUAACUUCUUAUUAGGAAUGACAAUUCGCGGAUUUUUCCAAA